AUGCGGGGUGCCGCCACGACCGCACGGCCGCAGGUGCACCAUACGAGGCGCCGGGAGGAAGAUGCGCCGACGCCGUCAAUCGGCAGCAGUCGAGGCGCGCCACUGCGCGGUAAGCUGCUCGUCCCACACGUGGUGGUGCGGUGCCGCCCGCUCACAGGGGAAGAAUGCCGCAUCUUCACAUUUCGGCCGCAUACAGAAGAGAUAGCAAGCAGCACCAGUACCAGCGACCUGAAGGUGAUGUAUCCCGUCGCCAUCCGCACUGUGGCGUCUCGAGACACGGAGAAGGGCGGUGUGGCGAUGAAGGUAACAGGUUUCACAGCCAACGGUGUCCCAUACACGCGGCAGUUUCCGCAUGUAUUUGAUUCCGUGUUUAUGCCACAGACAGUGAAGUGUUUCACACGGCUGCGCAAGCAUUGGGAGCCGCCAGCUGGUGCGUCUAACCCUGGCUCUCCGCGAAAGGCGGCCGUGGAGGGUGAAGAAGAUGCACGUUUCUACACCACUCUGUUUGAUUUUGCCGCUGUGGCUGAUGUCGAUUCGGAACUGGCGGUGCAGGUGUUGCGGAACGCCACAUGUCACAAGAUGAGGUUCUACACCGUACCACAGCAGCAGGGGUCCGAAGGGGCGCUGCAGUUAUUUACCAGGGGCGACGACAAGGACGAUGAGGCGGCGGCACUGCAGCGCGAUGUGGAGCAACUCUCCUUCAUUGACCUCCUUUGUUCACGGAAGUAUGCGCAAGCCGGCGAACACCACUCACUGCCUACGCGGCAGCGCAGAAAGCAUAAUGAAGCUACAGCAGCGAUGGAGGCCGACGUGAAUUCUCUGCUUGACGCAGAUGACAGCAACAGGCUGAUUGUGCCGCUCCUCCUCAAUGGUUACCACGUCGCAGUUGUUGCCUACGGGCCACCGCGGAGUGGGAAGACACACACGCUGUUUGGCGCGCUCGAUCGUACCGCAGAAUCCAACAACAGCAGCAACAAUAAGAAUGAUGCGUGUAGGAGCAACACCACAGAGUCGUUUCUCGCGCCCACGAAUACCGUAGGGUUAGUCUCACACGUCGUGCGACAGCUGAUCGAUGGCACACAGCGGCGUGAAAGGAGCGGCGCAGCUGCCGACAGUUCGCAUCGCAACAGGGAGGCGGGUGCUUGUGGUGUGGUGCGUGUGGCGUUCCUUGCGUUUCAGGAUGACUCGCCCGGUGGCAACACGCCGGAGGGCCACGCCUCGUCGGUGUGCGUGUACGAUCUUUGGAAUCCCGAUUCCUUCGUCACACCGCGAUGCACUGUCCGGAUUAGUCGCCCAGCGGCGGAAGUAGAACACCCAGAUGCGGCUCUCAGCAGCGACUACCUGAACGAGGGCGCUGACGACGAUGCCGACAAGGAUCAUGCUCCUAGCAAUGGCAACAGUGCCACGGAGGGGGGGCACGGGUCAGGGGGCCCACUUUUGGUGGAGGGCGCCGUGUGGCUCGACGUGUAUACGCAGAACGAGAUGGUGUUGCGCCAGCAAAGUGGCAUCGAGCACCUCGCUCUCCUCCGUGAUAAACUCGGCGUCCUUUCUGUGCACGCUCCACUGCACGUUGCGAUGAUUGUGCGCACCACGCUUCCCGUGGAAACACAAACGAGCGUUGCCGCUGACGUGGAUGCUGUAGGACCCGCACCGCUCCCAGCAUCAUCAGCAACUGCACCAACGGCUUGCCACGCGGAGUGCAUCUUUGUUGAGCUGCAGUGGACACAGAAAGUUGCGGACGGCAGUGCACUCUGUUGUGUUUCCCAACAACAACAACAACUGUCCUCUUCAUUGUGCGCGCCCACUGCCCUCUCGCUGCUCUUGGAAGCAGUGCAGCAGGGGUGUGCGAAACUGUUUCUGAUUGCAACGAUUCUCACCUCACCGCUGCACGCACUCGACACGCUUGACGCACUGCGAACAGCAGUGACAUGCAAGUUGUCGUGUUGUCACCCGGUGGAGAAGUUUGUUCCAUGCACGCUUAGUCCGGUGGAAGUCAUGCGUCGCGAAGCCGCCGCAAUUACGGAGGGGCUGGGGACUACAUCAGCGCUGAAGAAGGAUCACUCUAUUCCGAGCAAAAACAGCGACGAUGCAGGAGAGGUUCUGCAACAGCGACUUGCCGUUCUCACGUCGUCCAUCAAGCAGCUCACUUCGAUGGAGGAGCGUCGGGCAUCGCAACAGUGCCUUGUUUCGUCAUGGUUGCCUGCCGCUCGUACCGCGCGGGAGGCGCUGGUGCGUGACUGGACAAAACCCAGCAGGAGGCCGCGCCUUUCUUUCGCUCUGUCAAACGCGGUGGAGCGUGUAGAGGCAACAGGGGACUCGGCGGCGAGGCUGCAAGGACCUCCAGUGCAUUUUCUGCUGCUGCUUCCCCCUGCUGUCACAAGCACACAACACGGCGGGCAGCUGUGGGAAAGGCAGGGAACCACACUGCGGUCCUUGUGUUGUGGCGCACCGCAGCCGAUCCCACUGCCGCUCUUUUACGAUGCAUGCAAAAGCGAGCGCGGUGACGGUUCUCCCUCGUGUGUGUCGCUUCAUUUGCGUUUCUCGCCAAUAGUGCCGGCGACAUGGCCGGGAGUGGUAUUCUUGCCGCUGCCAAUGGCGUCGGGCGGAACGGAGCACGCGAUGGCAGAUGACUGGGCACUCGAUGUUGACGUCGAAGUCGCAGAUGGUCGACUGUUUCUCAGCGCGUCGCUGCGGUGUGGCGAUCACGUUGCGGCAGAUGCCGCUCCUCCAGUCUAUGUCAACGGUGUCUCUGUUCCAUGGCAGAUGGCGGCAGCGGCGCCACGGCAGUCAACUUUCACAGUAGGACCUGCGUCACGUUGGGUGUCAUUGCCGUUUGGUUCACGCAUUGUGGUUGGCCCUUACGUCUUUCUUCACUUGGCGCGGGUGGAAGCGCGGCCGCUCGUUUCAUCAUCGUCUUCACCGUCAGUGGUAAUCUGCGAGGUGGAGUUGCUUUCGCGAGAUCGGGUGGCGCUGCAGGAAUGCAGGUGUCGCCUUGAGUUGUUUGAGUGGCACAAGCAGCAACUACAGCGAUUCGUGAGAGUGGGACAAGAGCAACAGCAGCAGCACCAUCACGUUGGGCUUCAUGAAUCACCGCCAAGUGGCCUUGGCGAUGAAGUGGGGGCCGCUAUGGUCGAGGAAAACAGACAGCGACUCUGGCUGCGCUGGGCCGCAAUGGAGCACAAUUUACUUCUGGAAUAUCACGGUCUCCUGGAGGACUGCGCCGUCGUGCGGCGGCGGAUUUUUUGGAGGCGAGGAACUGGAGAGAGUGGCCGGGACGGUGUGUCAAGCCGGUCACGCCCACAGUUUCCGCUAAGUUGGAUGCCUGCAACGGUGGUGGCGGUGGAUAGUGGUGGCGGCAAUAGCAAUAGCAACAGUUCUUGGCGGUCGCUGCCUUGGCAACUGGAUCAGCUGUUGGGGCAGAUAUUGCUGGGCCUCGAACGGGGUGAAGAAGCAUCGCCACAAAGCCAACUUCUCGCAUCACGCCAGAGGAACAACAGCAGCAAGAACAACAAGGAUAGUGCCGUCGAUGAUGACAAUGAGGAGGAUGGAGAUCUACUCAUGACGACACUCUACAUGCGUGCGUGGGAGGAGGUCGCGGCGCUGGUAAAGUCAGCAGCUGGAAGUUCCGUCCCGUGCAUCACCGCCACCGCCUCUCCAGCGGGGACGCGUGAGGAGGAAUUGGUGGGUGACACCACGGCGCCAGAUGCACUGCUAGGCAUCACGAGUCCUGAACUCUUGUUGGAGGAGCUCUGCAGCGAGCACGACUCGCUUGACGAGUACCUGAGUGCGCAGUUGGGUGCCAAACCGGCGCUGGUAAAUGAGACACAACAAGAGGAAGGAGCAGCGGAACGGCACAAUGCGGAAUUGCUGCGUGAGAGCCACGAAAAGUUCAUUUACCCAAAUAACGCAAAAAUAGUUCGGCGUAUGUUGCAAAACAGCGGGUGUUACUUGCGCUUGUUGCAGCCCACGAGGUCGAUGCCGUCAAUUGUGGAUGCGCUUCUCGGCAACCCCGGCGGCGCCGACGGAAACAGCAGCAACGAUGACAACAAUAAUGAUGCAACGGCAAAGCUGCUGCCGUAUUCCCCGUCAUUGUAUGUGGUGCCAUGGGUGCAGGAUCCGCCGGAAGACGGUGAACACCGUCGCUUCCUCGCCUACCCGGAGGAACGCAAGGCACAGGUGCCUGUUGAACGUCUCACGCUGUGCCACAAGCGGCGUCUGCUGCUGGAGAUGCUGAACCACCUGAGGGAGGUGGAGCAGUCGCGGCUAUGGAAGCCGAACGGUCCAACGGUACCUUCGCACCAGGUGGAGUGCGAGCGCCUCAUGAGUGGCAGCGGCCCCACCUUCCGGGAGGCAAUUGACCGUGACAUCGUGGCAAAGGUGGAAACAGCGAUGGAGAGCAGUGCAGGAGGCGUGAGAGAGGAAGAAGCGCGGUGGGUGGCGAGUACUGCUGUGCCGUUCCAGACCAUCAACACACUCUGUGCCUUCACUCAUCUGCACCGACUCAAGCGGGUAAAGGCAGGCGUGCUGUCUAGCGAGGAGACCAUGUCGUUUCUACCCACAACGGUUGUUAUACGCGGUCACUUUUUGUACUACUUUGAUGGUGAAGAUAGGCCUCGUCUCAGCGAUACCGCGAAGGGAGGAUGCUACUUGCUGGGAGCGACCAUUGUGUGCAUUGCAAAGCGCCUGCUUGAGGAGAAGAAGACCGUAGCGCUUUUUGAAUCCGCACCGGUUGACGGAGCAACGAGGGAAGAGAAUGAAGGAGGUUUGGCAGCAACAGCGGCGGUACUACAGGCAGCUGAAGAUUUCAAGAGAAGAAUCCCGAACAGCGCUGCCGCGAUGGAAGGGAAGUUCAUGCCGAAUUUUACAACGAGUGGAAAGAACGAUGCAGAACAGAGCAGAGUGGAGUGGGAAAGCAUGUGUUUGUCUCCGCCCACCGUGAGGUCUGUCUCUUUUAUUGAAAACAGCCCCAACGACAAGAAUGGUGCAGACCACGACAACACAGACGAUAUAAACGACCUAAAGUACUUUAUUGAGAUCAUCCCUUCUGUGCCACGUAGUGUCAACAAGAAUCAUAUCUUUGACACCCGUGAGAACCACUUGCUGCUCGGCUUUCGUACACGGGAUGUGUGGGCACAGUGGAAAAAUUGGCUGAUUCUCGCCUCCCUUCCGGUAUUGUCGGCUCGCUUGCAGCGGCACUUUGGUCAAGAACGCAUUGAAGAGGCUGCUAUUGAUGUGUACACAGACUUGCAAGUAUCGCGCUCAAAUGAGAGGCAGCAGCAGAAGCAGCAACAACGACACGAGGGAAAAGCUGCACAAAUACCAGAGCCCUGGCGUGACGAUUUCUACCACGGCGUUGGGGGGCCUCUUCCGCUGACGGCGUGGGAGUUGCGGUGUGUCCUAGGCGCCCUGGCGGAUAUGGCUCUGCACCACGCAUACGUUCGGGUGACACAGGCGACAACAGCAUCCAUGUUGGCUACUCUUGGUAUCAAGAGCAGCGAUGACGCGUCGGGGUCGGAAAGGCUGAUAGCUCCGUUUGAAUCGUUAGAAGGCUACCCGCGAAGUUUUCUUCGUUCCUACAACCGUCGCAAAAAUGAUGAGGCUGAUGUGGGCCUGAGACGAGCGUUGCGCUGUCUCUUCGACAGUGAAGAGGUGAUGGGGCGGCUGGUAAGUGCGUCCCAUUCGCCGCACCACAGCUUUGCCGUUCCGGCGGCGGAUGGGCGUCGACACCCACCCCUGCAGAGCAGCGAUAUUGGCGCCCUCGUAGUGCCGUCCGUGGUGCUGCCGCUGAGCUCGAUCCCGUUUGCGACGCAACUCCGGGUUGCGUUUGUCACUCAUGUUCGCCGAAAAGUCAACAGCAGCACCAGCUGCUGCGACAAUGGCGGUGGUAGUGGCGUUGCGCGGAGAGUGGAGUGCGCGUCGUCGGCGCCGCGGCCGCACCGCAACAAGCGCAAGGAACAGGCGGCCUCUGUACAAAGGAAACGAGGGAAACCACGCAUGACGAGCACACAGACAGGAAAGGAAAUGCGCGGUGAGAGCACUACUUCUGAAGAGGAGGACAUCCCGAUCAGCUGCAGAAUGCCGUUCCGCCACACGAAGUUACUUGAUGUGGAACGCAUCCAUGCACAGAGGUACGCCUCGCACGUGUGGCUGAUCGACCACUUCGAGGGCACUAUUGCAUGUGCGACGAGUGCGCCGGCCGAGGAGAACCCAUGUUUGCGUCGCUGCGGCUACAUCCGCUCUGCCCUUUAUCACGGUUAUGAGCUGCUGCAUGUGGGCAGGUCAGAUGUCUCUAGUGGUGAUAAUGAGGAUGAUCAUGAUCGUGAGGCGGUGGGGGAGCGUACUGAGGCAGGGGGCGGUGCCUUUUUGAGGCCAAAGUAUGGAAUCACCAUUGUAUUCUACCGUGAGCAGUACAUUUCCUACGACGACUACUUCCUUGACCUGCUGGAACGGGAGCGCUUCAUAGAGAAUGUCACCGCGCUUCGGCCGACAAUGCGCAUCUUUGCACCCGCUUUCACCGCCGCGCUGCUGCCACGCGACGACGAGGAGGAGCCGCUGGUGGCGGAGCUGCUCGGCGCCGGGGCAGUUGCGGGUGUCGCACCACCGCCACCACCACCGCCGCCGCCGCCAACGUGUGGGGUGGAGGUGACGCUCCGUGCGGUGACGCCAAGUGCACCGCUCACGCGCGUCGCCAGUUUUUGGUCGGCGGUGCUACGGCAACUGGCGCAGGACGGCGCAAUGGUCGAGGAACGGCAGAAGCAACAACAACCACAACAACGUCAUCGUCAACACCGUGAGAAGAAGUGGAACGUAAAGAUUGACGCGACACGCGUCCACAGCUGUGGGUACACAGCCACGAAGGUACAAGGACUCGCCCCUUUUGCACCCUCGCAAGACACGGGUACAAAAGACGGGCCCGAUGCGAAGAACCGUGACGAUCGUGCGCUGCUCGAAGCCCUCCUCUCCGGCACCCAGCAGCAGGAGCGUGGACUGGCAUUUGCGGAAACGUACAGGGUGAAGCUGGAGGGCGUCUGUGGGCUGCAGAUCAGCGGCGACGCAACACUGCCGCUAACGGUGUGGGCCGGCACCGUCAACCUCGAUGGUGCUCCAAUGGGUAACCCUGCGUCGCUGCGCAAGUGGCUCGACUUACUGUCCCCGUACUGGACCACGACAAGCGGUGCAUGUGCAGAGGAGGACUUGGCAGAAUGUGCGGAACAGGUGAAUGACGCAGAGGACGAUGUUGUGCGUUUUUUGGGGGCCCAUCACUCAGCGGAGGCUCAACGGCAGCGGCGCAAGCGCUUGAACACUUCGAAACGUGGAAAGCCCAAGACCGAUCACAACAUUAGCUCUCAUGGAGGGAGUGUGGAAACGACGGCGCUGCCGUACGACAUCAUUGCAUUGACGGCACAGGAAGUGUCGUUUCACCGCACGUCGUUGCACUUCACGGGGUUCGUGCAGGCGUGGUUUGAGCAGCACGGGUACGUAGCCGUCGCCAUUGCCACACUUGACACGGCGGUGGUGCUCUUUGUGUUUGCCCGGCGGCAUGUGGCGUGUCUGUGCGGGGCGGUACGCACGAAGCGGAUUCCGCUUGCCUACACCGCACUGCACGGCGGCGAACGCGGUGCAGCCCUGGUGGCUAUGGAGGUGGGCCACACGCCCAUGUGUUUUGUCGCGCUGUACCUCCCCACGCUUGCAUCGCACACAGCGCUGCAGCCGCUCGCGUUGGCGACACAGUGUGCUCUCGUUCAGGACGUGCUCGCCCAUAUCCCUGGGGGGGUACGUGGCAAUUUCUUGCAGCCGGUGCGACCUUACCCAGAAGAUGAGAGUGUUGUGAAUAAUGCCGCAGCAGAUGAGUUCGCCGCAGUGUAUCGCCUUGCCACGACGGUGGAUGGUCUGGAGUACUACGAUAACGUCUUUUUGAUGGGGUACUGGGGCAUGCCCCUGCUGCUUUCUCCGUUUCACCACCAGCUACAACAGGGGAAAGAUGGGGCAGUAUCAUCUGAGGCUGCGACGGUGGAAGAGAAGGGAAAGCAGGAGCAAGAGUUGCGUAAGAGCGGUGGGCAGUCCACAUUCCUUGUUGAUCUUAUUGACCGCUUUAGGUGUGCCGUCGCCGAGGAAGAAGAAGACGUAAAGACACUGGGGGCCACGCACUACUUCAGGCGGCGGAAGAAGAACAGCAGUGGUCGUGGCCUCGCUCCCGCAGUGAAUGCGCUGCUGCAGGACCACGACGUGCUGACAGUGCUGCGCAGCGCCUCGUUGCUGUUGUCGCGCAGCUGCGGCGUGCUGGAGGCGCUGCCGCUGUUUCCACCCACCUCCAGUGUGGUACCAGGGACCACACGCUACAGCAUGCAGAUGCUCCACACCGCGGAUCAGGCGAAGGCGGCGGCGGCGGCGAACUCGAAGUUCGAGGAGGAGGCCGCCAACGGGGUUUUUCUUGCGUACCCCUCACGCAUUCUGUACACGUGUCGCUCGGGUAAUGCGCUGCUCAAUGGGCGGGUGACGCCGCGGGUGUACACCAGUGUGCCGCUGCCGCCGCCCAGCGCGAAGAUACUUCGCCUGCGCGAGCCGUACCGCCACCUCACCACACGCUACCAACACAAGCUGCUGAAGAAGAUACGUAGGCGCGCACAGGCCGCGGCACCGCAGGCGGAGGAGUUGCUGCUCUCGAAUCACCUACCUGUUGCUGCUGUCUUUUCUCUGCAUGCGCUUCGCCCGUCUGUUGGUGGUGCGUUCUGGGGACGUGAAGAGGCGGCGCAGCCGGGGCCUUCGCAGACAUGGCGCCUGCGACUGCGCCGUUUGGUGGUGCAGUUGCCGCAGACAGCGGAACCCAUACUGGCACCAGCAGAGGCAACAACAGCGGCAGGGGGAGGGGUGCGGCGCCUCGCCAUUGCGAUACAGUUCGUGCCGUUCCUCUGUCACCCAGUGCUCAUAACUGCGCAGGAGGCACCGUGUGUUGACGGGGUGACUGCUGUGCUGCGCUACCAGCAGGAGCGGCGCACGAUCAACACACCGAAUGAUGGAUUGCAUCAACACACUUCUCCGGCACCCCCGUUGGCGUGCGUCAUUGGCGACUACACGAUUGACCCAGCACCGCCGCUGCCACCACCAUCACCGCCAGCAGCCGCAGCAACGUCGCCACUACGCUCGAGGAUGGCUGGGGAAUCUCCGCCCACCGCGGUACUUGCCGACCUCGCACUGCUGCCACACCACGCUGUUCUUCUUGCCCACGCGAAAAUGCUUCUCUCCGUGUUUGACUGCAGCAGCGGUGGGGUGGCACGUUUGGUGGGCUCCGCGACGCUGCCGCUUGUGGACAUCAUGCGCGCCACGGUGAAGCACGCACGCCGGCAAGUACCGGCGCGGCCAGCGAAGGGCGCGUGGACUGCAGCGCAGGACGUGGAGUUGCCGCCGCAGGACCUACCGCUGCACAGUUGCGGGCAGUGCGUGGGCACUAUCGUUGUUGCCUGCUCACCGCUCAUGUGCACCGGCGCCAUCAACUUGGAUGAUGAUCUGUUGUGA